AUGUGCGGUGUUACGCGCCUGGUAACGGCGUUAUUCGCAUUUCUCGCUCCCGGCAGAUCCGCUGCCCUGCACAGCCUAGUCAGCCCGGUCUCUUUUUUCGGCUAUAGUCACAAGAGCGUGCCAGUAGUGGGUGUUGUGAGGGAGUUGGCGGUGGUAGGCGCCGCCACAAACACAGCUGAGCUAAGAUGCCCGGCGCAGCUGACCGUGCGAGUGCACAAGGCUGUGCUCAGGGAUUCGACGUCGGAGAAUGGGCUGGCGACUGAAAAUGGAACGCGCGACGGCUCUUCGGACGGGGCUGGCACCAGCGACUGUUCCGAGUUCUUUCACAACAAGUGCAUGAACUUGACGUCAUGUUCGGUUUCGGUGUCGGAGUGCCAAGCUGCCUCCCACGCGAAGUCAGGAGCGUAUAGAGUGGCGCUGAGCUACUCGACUCCAGGGCCGCUUUACGACGGCAGCUUGUUUUCGGAAGGCGUUCUACAGCGGUUCCUCAUGGUACCCGACGUGAACGCUGGCGAGGUCUCUUCCCAGGCGAAUGUGGGAUCGGGGCACUUUAAACGGGUGCUCCGUCGUUGCCUGGAGUCGGAGCAAUGCAAAUACGUCACCUGCGACGAUGCGACGCUCCACGACGACCAAUACGUGGACGGGCGUCCCGCGGGGCGGUGCGCGCUUUUGAAACCGGAAUCGUUUAGGCUCCCCGGGUACGCAGUGUACCCCAACUACGCAGGUCUGUGCAGCAGGCCCUCGUACGUGAAGACGCGUGACUUCUACGAGGUGGCCAAGACGGCGCGCUCACACACUCACAGCUCUUUUACUAUCGCAUACAAACCCACGUCGCAGCUUGGCGUCAACCCCCGCUACGCCGGUUGGGUGUGCCGCGGAGGGCCCACCAUCGUUCCCAUGGCGGGGCACGUGGUCGCAGUGCCCGCGGCUCGCGGACGCGGACCCACCAGGGCGGCGGCGCAACCCGGCACGUCGAUGUCGUAUAACAGUUUAUAA